AUGAAAUGUAUUCAACUUAUUCCUAUUCAAUAUGAUUCAUCAUUUGUCUACUCAAUAGAUUAUUAUAUUAUCUCAAAAGUUCAUAAAUGUUAUAAUAUUGUCUCAUACAAUUCUUCACAAAUAAUACUUUUUUCUAAUGAAUGUCGUGAAUUAUGUUUAGAUGAAUAUUGUCUUCUUUUCGAUAAUCAAUCGAAUCGAUCGAUUAUUAAUAUAUUCUAUUCACAAUCAUUAAACUAUGAAGAAAUUAAUUCUACAACAAAUAAUAUAUCAUCGUAUGAUUAUUUCUUAUUGGACAAAUGUGGUACAACAAAUCCUACUAAUAAAAUAUUAUUAAUUGUUAUUUUUAUACUUAUUGCUAUUGUUGUUAUAUUAACAAUAGCAGUUAUUUUGAAUAGUCAAGAUCAGCCGAAAAUCAAUAAUACAGAAUAUCGUGGCUUUUACACUGAUGUAGACAAUGAUCAUUUUCCACAUAUCAUUGAAAAUCAUAAUCAUGUGUCAUUACCAUCUCAGCCUCUGCUUCGUAAAUUAUCAUCUACAGUUCGUGAUACUUUGACGUUAAAUUCAAAUGCAAGUGGAUACGAAGCAUUAGAAGAAAAGCUAUCGUCACCAUUAGUCUUUAGAUUAUGA